UGGAAGAAGGGUGCGCCCUACUUCGCGUCGGCGUUUUCCCUCCUGGCAGUGUGCAACGACGUACCGAAAGAAGAACAGAGAAAGCGAGCAGAGGCUGUCUCUUCGGUUCGGUGCCGGGCUUUUCAUAGUCUCUCAUUUCACGACGAGCGUCCGUGCCAUCGGUUCGAGUGUUUUGCACGUUCGCCGAGUAUUAGGAGUGGAAAAAAAGGAAGGAAGGAAAAAAAAAAGAGAAAGAUAAAGAGAAAGGAAGGGCAAAUCGGCUGGGGAAAACAGAACCGGGGGAACACGAGCCAGCGAAGAUCGCCUGGCACGGACAACGCCUCGGGCACAGAGCAGCGCGAGAGAGCCUUCGGUCUGUUUCGCGAGUAUAAUUUCGUGGUUCGCGUGAGUACGGUUCGUUCAAGGUGGUGGUGCGAAGGUAUCGUCGCUCGUCCGGGGGUGUUGUUGUCAUUAGUGAUAUACCCAUUAAUGGUGAAUCGUGGAGUUGAUUUUCGUCGGUCUCGCGGGGGAAGUGCACGUUGAUCGACGCGUUUACGUAAGAACGACGGACGCUCGUGGUGUAUGCUUACUCGUACGUGCUCGUAUGUAUCUCAAUGUGCGCGCGCGCGUGUGACAAGUACCGACAAAUACGGGAGGACCAGCCAGGGAAGAAGACAGCGGAGAUUUUCGUCGAUUCGUGAUUUUACCGCAAAAUAGUAGUUUCGACUCAGCUUCGACUAUCGCGUGAUCUUUCGGAGAUCAAGGGAAAGAGAACUCGUCAUUGUUCGUCGAGCGAUCGUCGAGUCGACGAAUCAGAAGGAUUCACGAAUGGACGAGCCGAGAUCGUUUAAUCCCGACUCUCUCGUUUGCAUAAUUAGCCGUGCUGUACUGCAACAGCCACACGGGGAGAAGGAUUCGCGUAAACGUUGCUACAAAGGCUGAGGUUGUGGUUAUUCGACGAUACGAGGAGAAAUUGACGGUACCGUUGAUAGAGGAAACCGAAAAGUGAAGAUCGAACGUGGAGGCUCGCUGGGAAAGGGAAAUGGAAAAAAUGGGCGUAAAAUCGUCGACGGAGGAUUUUCUCGAGAGAACGAAAAUAUUUCUCGCUUAUUGAUGCGUCUGGCGAGGCUGGCGUCCUCGAGCAAGAUCGGGGCGGAUAGCGUCUAUCGAAGCCAGGACCAGCGUUCGACGAUAAUAAACGCGUUCGUCAUGGAAAUCUCGGUAUUCUUGUUUUACGUGACGACGUUGCUGGGCAUUGUGACCAGCGAUAAGUGCGCCGUCGAGUGUUCCUGCAAGUGGAAGAGCGGGAAGCGCACAGUCGAGUGUGUAAAUCGUGCCCUGACUAGCAUACCGGAGUGGGUCGAUCCGGAGACCCAGGUGUUGGACACAAGCGGCAACGACAUUCGGAUCCUGCCGAGCAACAUCUUCGUACGUGUACGCUUGACGAAUCUACAGCGUCUCUAUCUACGCGAGUGCCGUAUCGACCGAAUCGAUAGCGAGGCACUGGCGGGCCUUACGAAUUUGGUAGAGCUCGAUCUAAGCCAUAACCUCUUAAUCGUGGUCCCUACCAACAGUUUUUUAGACACACCGUUCCUCAGAGAUCUCGUAUUGUCCAACAAUCCUCUCAAGAGGAUUCACUCGCACGCGUUCAAGAGUACGCCAAAUCUGGUGAAGCUGGAUCUGUCUCACACGCAACUGGUUGAGAUCGAGGCGAAAGGAUUUCGAGGCUUGGAGCUGUUGGAAAGUUUAAAGUUAAACAACAAUCAAUUAUCGACCCUACAUCCUGGCACGUUCGACCCGUUGAACAAACUCACGAGCAUAGAACUUCACGAUAACCCGUGGAUCUGUGAUUGCCAUUUACGCGAAAUGAAAAUGUGGCUGGUGAAGCAUAAUCUGCCAACCCUUCAAGCACCACUGUGCCACGGUCCAAAGCAAUUACUGAAUCGAACGUUCACCGACUUGGGCAUCGACGACUUCGCCUGCCGACCGAUACUUCUGAUAGCCAGUCGUUACGCCGAGGCGACGAUAGGCGAGAACGCCAGUAUCGUUUGUCGGGUUAGCGCGAUACCACCGGCCAAGGUGAAAUGGUAUUGGAACGGACGGUUGCUAACCAACCAUUCGGCGUUUAGUAGCUAUCAGAAGAUCUUGAUCUACGAGGAGGGCCAGUUUCGAAAAAGGAGCACCCUAGUACUGACGAACGCCCAGGAAGCGGACUCUAGCGAAUUCUACUGCGUGGCAGAGAAUCGUGCCGGCAGCGUCGAGGCGAAUUUCACUCUUCACGUGUCCUUGAGAACCGCUGGUAUGUCCACUCUCGGUUCCGGCCAAAUCGCCGGAAUAUCUGCCGCCCUGGUCGUGCUCAUUCUCCUCAUACUGCUCAUCAUUCUCGUGUUGUUCAUUCGUUUGCGAAGAAUGCCGCUGAAAGACGUGAAAUCGGCUGUACCCGCGGAGGGAGUGUCGGCUGAUGGCACAGGUGGGAAUAACGAGAACCCAUCGUCGGCGACGUCGACCACCCGCAGAAAACACGAGGAAAUUGAAACGACGUCAUUCGGGGUGGAAUCGAAGCCACCGGUGUCCUUAAACCUGAGUUACGUUCAAAGACCGCAGGCAGCGGCCUUGCAGACAGAGAACGAGUACGGUUCGAUCGGCCGUUUCGACGAUCCGAGCCAACAACCAUCGGUAAUGGUAGCACCGGGUGCUUGUUUCUCUUCGACGACGUCGUUGAUGCCGAUCGACAAUCCCGAUCUUAUCAGGGACACGCGACGUAGCUCGGCGGAAGACAUCACUCCUUACGGCGGAGCGGACUAUAGUCGCAUGGAAGUGGUGGACGACGCCAAGAUCCUUUACUCGAGUUGUAUGUGGGAAGCGAGGGAUACGUGCAGAACAACGGUCCCAGUGAGCACGUACCCUUCGAAGGAAGCACUGGCUGUAGUGGCGCCUAUGGUCGAGCAAUUUCCGCCAGGCGCGAAGCAAAUAAGAGUCUGGCAGAAGGGAGUUCCGGUUUUGCCACCGGUCUCGGCGUUGAAGCGUGUUCUUGGCUCGACGCGUAGCUCUCCCGACGAGGGCUAUCAAGAAGGGACUGGGACCGACGUCUAGGUACCGCUGCUUCAUUACUGUGACGCCCGGCACCGUUAUCUGGAGCUUCGCAGACGCCACCAGGACGACACCGACUGCUGAAAAAACGUCCUGUCCAGUGCCGGACGAGCGGUAGUGAAAAAAAGGAAAGAAAAAUUCUCGAUUUUAUUUAAAAUAUCGAACUCCGUCGCGACACUAACGUGAUGGAGGCGGACGUCGACCUGUCACGUGGAUUGCGUAUACAUAAAACGUAUAAUAUAUAUGUAUACAUAUAUACAUACCACACG